AUGAGCACAGACUCGGAGAUGGAGCAGUAUGGCCCAGCGGCCAUAUACCUCCGAAAACCAGAGAGGGAGAGGAUUGAGGCACAGGCUGCACCAUUUGAUGCCAAAACUGCCGUCUUUGUGGCUGAUCCAGACGAGAUGUACGUCAAGGGUAAACUUGUGAAGAAAGAAGGUGGCAAAGCCACAGUUGAGACAGACGGUGGAAAGACGGUCACUGUAAAAGAGGACGACAUCCAUCCGAGGAAUCCCCCAAAGUAUGACAAAAUUGAGGACAUGGUCAUGAUGACCCACCUCAAUGAGCCUUGUGUGUUGUAUAACCUCAAAGAGCGUUAUGCAUCAUGGAUGAUCUACACCUACUCUGGGUUGUUCUGCGUUGUUGUGAAUCCCUACAAGUGGCUUCCUGUGUAUGAUGCUGUAGUUGUGGCAGCAUACAGAGGAAAGAAGAGGAUUGAGGCACCACCCCACAUCUUCUCCAUCUCAGACAAUGCCUAUCAGUUCAUGCAAAUUGAUCGUGAGAAUCAGUCUGUCCUGAUUACUGGAGAAUCUGGUGCUGGAAAGACUGUCAACACCAAGCGUGUCAUCCAGUACUUUGCAACAAUUGCAGCUAUUGGAGCUAAGAAGGCUGAGCCAACACCUGGCAAAAUGCAGGGCUCCCUUGAGGACCAAAUCAUUGCGGCCAACCCUCUACUGGAGGCCUACGGUAAUGCCAAGACUGUAAGGAAUGACAACUCCUCUCGUUUUGGUAAAUUCAUCAGGAUCCACUUUGGCGCUACUGGCAAGCUGGCAUCAGCUGAUAUUGAAACAUAUCUGCUGGAGAAGUCUCGUGUCACCUUCCAGUUGUCUGCUGAGAGGAGUUACCAUAUCUUCUAUCAGCUGAUGACUGGCCACAAGCCUGAACUCCUGGAGGCUCUUCUGAUCACCACCAAUCCCUAUGACUACCCAAUGAUCAGUCAGGGUGAAAUCACUGUCAAAAGCAUUGAUGACAUAGAGGAGUUCAUUGCAACAGAUACUGCAAUUGACAUCUUGGGGUUCAAUGCUGAUGAGAAAUUGGGCAUCUACAAGCUGACUGGAGCGGUGAUGCAUCAUGGCAACAUGAAAUUCAAGCAGAAGCAGCGUGAGGAGCAGGCUGAACCUGAUGGCACUGAGGUGGCUGAUAAAAUCGCUUACCUCAUGGGCCUGAACUCUGCUGAUAUGCUGAAAGCUCUGUGCUACCCAAGAGUCAAGGUCGGAAACGAGAUGGUGACCAAAGGUCAAACUGUGCCACAGGUCAACAACGCUGUCAGUGCUCUGUGUAAGUCUGUCUAUGAGAAAAUGUUCUUGUGGAUGGUCAUCCGUAUCAAUGAGAUGCUGGACACAAAGCAGGCAAGACAGUUCUACAUUGGAGUGUUGGAUAUUGCUGGAUUUGAGAUCUUUGAUUUCAACAGCCUGGAGCAACUCUGCAUCAACUUCACCAAUGAGAAACUGCAACAGUUCUUCAAUCACACUAUGUUUGUUCUGGAGCAAGAGGAGUACAAGAAAGAAGGCAUUGAGUGGGAGUUCAUUGACUUCGGUAUGGACUUGGCUUCCUGUAUUGAGCUUAUCGAGAAGCCACUGGGAAUCUUCUCCAUCCUUGAAGAGGAGUGCAUGUUCCCCAAGGCCUCUGACACAACUUUCAAGAACAAGCUGCAUGAUCAACAUCUUGGCAAGACCAAGGCCUUUGAGAAGCCAAAGCCUGGAAAGGGCAAAGCUGAGGCUCACUUUGCCCUGGUUCACUAUGCUGGUACAGUGGACUACAACAUCACUGGCUGGCUGGACAAGAACAAGGACCCACUGAAUGAGUCAGUUAUUCAGCUCUACCAGAAAGCUUCAAACAAACUGCUGGCCUUCCUGUAUGCAUCCCAUGGUGCAGCGGAUGAGGCUGCUGCUAGUGGGGGCAAGAAGGGUGGCAAGAAGAAGGGUGGUGCCUUCCAGACCGUGUCUGCUGUUUUCAGAGAGAAUUUGGGCAAGCUGAUGACCAACUUGAGGAGCACUCACCCUCAUUUUGUCCGUUGUCUGAUUCCUAAUGAAUCAAAGACACCUGGUCUUAUGGAGAACUUCUUGGUCAUCCACCAGCUGAGAUGUAACGGUGUGCUGGAAGGCAUCAGAAUCUGCAGAAAGGGCUUUCCCAGCAGAAUCAUCUACGGUGACUUCAAGCAGAGAUACAAAGUAUUGAAUGCCAGUGUGAUCCCUGAGGGACAGUUCAUUGACAACAAGAAAGCUUCAGAGAAGCUGCUGGGCUCCAUUGAUGUGGACCACACUCAGUACAUGUUUGGACACACAAAGGUGUUCUUCAAAGCUGGUCUGCUGGGUCAGCUGGAGGAGAUGAGAGAUGAGAAACUGGCUACACUGGUGACCAUGACUCAGGCUCUCUGCAGAGCAUAUCUCAUGAGGAGGGAGUUUGUUAAGAUGAUGGAGAGGAGGGAAUCCAUCUUAACCAUCCAGUACAACAUCCGUUCAUUCAUGAAUGUGAAAAACUGGCCUUGGCUCAAAGUGUACUUUAAGAUCAAGCCUCUUCUGAAGAGUGCUGAGACUGAGAAGGAGCUGCAACAGAUGAAGGAGAACUAUGAUAAGAUGAAAUCAGACCUGGCUGCUGCCCUGGCCAAGAAGAAGGAGCUGGAGGAGAAGAUGGUUUCCCUGCUGCAAGAAAAGAAUGACCUGCAACUCCAAGUGGCUUCAGAAAUUGAGAACCUCUCUGAUGCUGAGGAAAGGUGUGAGGGGCUCAUUAAGAGCAAGAUCCAGCUUGAAGCUAAACUCAAAGAGACAACUGAGAGACUGGAGGAUGAAGAGGAAAUCAAUGCUGAGCUGACUGGUAAGAAGAGGAAGCUGGAGGAUGAAUGCUCUGAGCUGAAGAAAGACAUUGAUGACUUGGAGCUCACCUUGGCUAAAGUGGAGAAGGAGAAACAUGCCACAGAAAACAAGGUGAAAAACCUGACAGAGGAGAUGGCAUCUCAAGAUGAGUCUAUUGCCAAGUUAACAAAGGAGAAGAAAGCCCUCCAAGAGGCCCACCAGCAAACACUUGAUGAUCUCCAGGCAGAGGAAGACAAAGUCAACACUCUGACCAAGGCCAAGACAAAGCUGGAACAGCAAGUGGACGAUCUUGAGGGAUCACUGGAGAAGGAGCAGGACACCAGCUCUCACCUGGAGAGGAUGAAGAAGAACCUGGAGGUCACAGUCAAGGACCUGCAGCAUCGCCUGGAUGAGGCUGAGAACCUCGCCAUGAAGGGUGGCAAGAAGCAGCUCCAGAAACUGGAGUCCAGGGUGCGUGAGCUGGAAGCUGAAGUUGAGGCUGAACAGAGACGCGGAGCUGAUGCUGUUAAAGGAGUCCGCAAAUAUGAGAGAAGAGUGAAGGAGCUGACCUACCAGACUGAGGAGGACAAGAAGAAUGUGACCAGACUUCAGGAUCUGGUGGACAAGCUGCAGCUGAAAGUCAAGACUUACAAGAGACAGGCUGAGGAGGCUGAGGAGCAGGCCAACACUCACAUGUCUAGGCUCAGGAAGGUUCAGCAUGAGAUGGAGGAAGCUCAGGAGCGUGCUGACAUUGCUGAGUCCCAAGUCAACAAGCUGAGAGCCAAGAGCCGUGAUGCUGGAAAGUCUGACUCUGCUGAAUAAGAGACAACAACCUGUUUACACAGCCUUUUGACAGAGUUCAUAAAAUAUGAACAAGCUGUUUU